AUGAAAGCAUAUGCAAUUGCACUAAUAGUAUGUGGCUCUGUGGCAGCAGCUCUAGUUUUAAUUUUUUGUUGUUUUUGCAAAAGUGGCAGAAAGAAAAAGAGUUACCCUGUGAGUACGCGGAAUGUUACUGGUGGUUCUCCGGCUCCUCCUCCUCCUCAGCCUUUACAAGUGAACCGCGAUGUUGAGAAGGGAGAAAUUAAAGCCAAGAGCAACACAGCAAUAAGAGAUGGUGGAAUGGUUGUUCUAGGUGCUGCUGCUGCAACAGCUGCCACGGCGGCCGUUGUUACUAGUGCUUACAGUGGAGGAGGUGGUUGUGGUGGUGGUGGUGGUGGUGGUGGUGGUGAUGGAGGGGGAGCCAGUGGUGGCUGUGGCGGUGGCGGUUGUGGGGGUGGUGGCUGUGGAGGGGGUGGAUGUGGAGGCUGUGGAGGUUAA